AUGAAAAUCAGUUCUGGGAAAAAUAUCCAUUUUAGACAUUUCACUGGAAUAGCUGGACCAAGCGGUGUCGAUUUCAACCCUCUAAUCGGCAACGGAAUUCAAAGUGGUCCAGGUAUAAAAAUUCGCAUCAAUCAGCGGACAUUUUUUUAUUUAUCAAGCUUAGCAAAAAGUGUAAUCGAACAAAUCGUACCAUCUGCACGUAUUCCUGAUGUGAAAGAAAGAAUAGAAGAGGUAAGCGAUCAAUCAGAUAACAUUGAUUUCAGGCCUCCAUGUGAUGUUCUUGUCUAUCCAGCGCCAAAUAAUCUUUUGGUUGUAAAAAUUGAUGAUUUUGAUGUAGGAGUAACUGGUAAUCUUGAUGGAGUCGUAAAUGUGCUUCUUCCUAUCAAACUUUUUGGAAUCGUCCAUGCUAAUCUCUAUCAUGUCUCUAUAACUGUGACCACUGCACUAGAAAGAACACAUACUGGACAAAUUUACGCUAGAGUAUGUGGGUGUGACGUGAAUAUUGGAUAUGCAGAUGUGUGCAUUGAAUGCGGUGGUCUUGUUGGUGAUUUAGUGAACGCCUUUGCAAGACAAACGAUUGCAGAAAGAGUAAAAAACUUAGUUCCUGCAAGAAUUUGUGAAAUGCUUCCAUCAUUAGUGGAAUCUAGAGUUAAUCCCAUGCUGGCAAGAAUACCAUUAUAUAUUCCAUUUUCGGAGAUCACUUCGUCACUUAACAAUAUAUUAAGCCCCAAUAUUCCACCACAUUGUUUAUCGCCGAUUUGUAGAGCAAGACCAUCCCCUACGCCACCACCACUACCAACAUCCACCGUUGCUCGACCGCCCAAUAAUCCUCCACUGCCCAACUUUACGAAUAGCACUGGAUUUCAUAGGAUUAAUGCAGCUACCUUAUUGAAAAAUGGAUUGCACAAGAACGUGGUGAGUAAUAAAAUUCGUCUGCGACCAAAACGACAAAUAAUCACUAUGGUUAGUGGAAAUGCGAAACCAGAAACCUUUACACUAGUUCAAACCAAUUCAAAUUUAAGAACACCUCGCGCUCAUAGACGGACAUCAAUGAGACAACAAAAAUUGGCACAAGGAGUUAAAUCAUGGAAUAGAAAUAUUCGACCAUUAACAAAUGCAAAUGGUGAACGAGGCACACUUUGUGCUGGUUGUCCUCCUGAUGACGGUUCAUCAGCAAUCAAAAUUUUUGUCCUGCAACAACUUCGUUUUGAAAGAUUAUCUGAUGUCAGCUUGUCUUUGGCGAUAUUAAAUUUGUAUGCAAAUCAAUAUGGCUUCGAAAUUGAUAUUGCUGGUGAAUUCAGUCCCAGAGGACUUGGUGGGACACCAUUUGGCCCUUUCCCAAUGCAGUUUCCCACUCCAUUAGGAGGAAGUAUGAUUGAAAUUCUAAUCAGUGAUUUUACAAUUAAUUCACUCCUUUAUGCAAUGCACAGGAGAGGAUUUCUAACAAUACGAAUUGGACCAGAAGUUCCCGGUAUUGGAGCUUUAUUAAAAACAACUUGUGAAGAAGAAGACUAUUUUGAUGAGGAAAUGGCUGAUAGAAAAAAUAGUAGUAGUAUGGUACUGCUGGCAAAUAGGAUCCGAUCUCUCGUAAAUCGCCGUUUUAAUAUUAAACGACGAAAUAAACGUCAAAGUGAUUCUGAUUUAAGCAGUUUGGCCGAUCUUGGAGUUUGCCUCGGUGAUCUUUCACCUCCUCUUAAGGAAAACUACCCGAAUCGAUCAUUAGCACUAAAUAUAUAUACUGGUCGAGCUCCAUCCACCAUUUUCAGUGGACAUGGGGAAGUAAUAUGUAAUAAUAAAUUCAAUAAAUUUGCAGGAAUGGUGUCUGUCGAUAUUAUACUUUUCGUCGAUAUUUAUCUUGAUGGCACCAAUAUUAGAGUUGGAUCUAUCUCAAUUGUAAUCAUAUUGGACAUAUCAGUUCGCAUAAUUGGAAACAGAUUGACUGGAAAUGCCGUAUUUCGGACUCUUCAGUUAUCUGAUAGGCUAGGCACUCUUGGACUGGAUCAAGACGCCUUCAACAACCUCGCCAAUUUGGCUCGAGAUACUUUAACUAAAGCAAUAAAUGAUAGACUUCGUAAUGGAUUCCCAAUUCCAUUGCCUGUAGAUAAAAUACCAGUUCAAAUCAACAAUCUAAAUAUUCAAUUAAUUGAACGUGCAAUUUAUAUUUCAGCAGAUUUUAUAGUCCCACCAGCACUACUUAAUGAAAUAAGUUUAUAA